CAGAUAACCUUUCAGUGUUCUAUGAGUCGGAUGGAGAUGAUGAUGCGCGAUCUUAUUUUCCAUGUCCUUUCUGUUAUGUGGAAUCGAAGUUCCUGUUCUCUGCAGCCAUCUGCAAGAGGAGCAUUGCUUUGACCUAAAUAAUGCCGUUUGCCCUCUCUGUGCUGCAAACUUAGGGAGGGAUGCAAAUGCACAUUUUAUUGUACAACAUUCCAGCUCGGUUAAGCGGAGGCGCAAGCCUGAGAAAUCGAACAGCUUGUCUGGUAAUUCAGCGAUGUUUGGCAAGAAACUGGUGACUAGUGCGAGGGGAAACCGACAUGACCAACAACUGAUCCUCUUCUGUACCCCUUUGUCUGCAAUAGCUCCAUUCAAAACUCCGACAGUGUUCAUCAAGAUGAAUCUCCAACAAUGUCUCAACCAUUUCUGAGGGAAACAGGGCGGGUGAUGAAAAGGAUCAGCGGGAGAGAAAGCAGAAGGCGGAUUUUGCUCAGCAGUUGAUAACAUCAACCAUCUUCCAAGAGUUAUGGUGGUAGAGUUGCUCACUGCUACAUGAAUCAUAUACAUGUAUAUUGGAAACUGAAGGUUCCUUCUUGAGACAGCCCUUGAUAUUGGUUCAACAGGCACCGUAUUUAAUGGCAGUGCAUGGACUUAGGAUAUCACAGGUGUAUUCAUGAAGCUCCCAGAGAUGGAGGAUCUUUAUCUCUCUGUAGACUGCUAUAAAGAACCAUACCUAUAUAUCAGUAUAUGGAAAGAUGAAAUUGCAUUUUAUUUAGGUAUCUCCUCUGUUAUGCGUC